GGUCAGACCGGCCCAGCCAAGCCCAGUAAUCUCAUACUUUAGGCGAAACGAUUUCAUUCAAUGGAAGGGAAAAAUAUGUUCAGUUGCGAAAAUGAAACGAAUAGUAAUAGUAGGCGCCGGAACAGCAGGUCUAUGUGCAGCUCGGCGUGCAUUGGAAUGUGGUUUUUCAGUAACCAUAUAUGAGCAGACCGGCGAUAUAGGCGGAACCUGGGUCUAUACAGACGAAGUGGGCACCAAUAAAUAUGGCAUUGAUGUACACAGCAGCAUGUAUCAAGGUUUGCGUACAAAUCUACCCAAAGAGGUUAUGGGCUAUCCCGACUUUGCCAUUGAGGGCUACGAAGAGUCAUAUGUACCCUCCAAGGCCAUAGAAAACUUUUUGGCCAAUUUUUGUGAGAAGCAUCAGCUAAGGCAGCAUAUCAAAUUUUUGCAUUAUGUUAUCAGAAUAAUGCCCAAAAAUAAUCAAUGGCAGGUGGUGGUCAAAAAUCUUCAAACCGGAAGUGUAGACUUUCUUAUGUAUGAUUACGCAAUGAUAUGUAACGGACACUAUCAUACCCCCUUGUAUCCCUCAAUCAAAGGUUCAGACACGUUUACGGGUCAAGAAAUACACAGUCAUGAUUAUAAGAAUACUCAACGUUUCAAGGAUGAAACAGUCCUAAUUAUUGGCGCUGGUCCCAGUGGCAUGGACUUGUGUCAUGAAAUAUCAAAAGUCGCCGAGCGUGUUACACUCAGUCAUCACAUGCCGGAGACACCGAAAACCACAUUUAAGCCUAAUGUAAAUCAAAAACCCGAUGUCACCCACAUAGAGGGUUCUCGUGUUUAUUUCACCAAUGGCGAAUACGAAACAUACACCAUUAUAUUCUAUUGCACCGGUUACAAAUAUUCAUUUCCCUUUCUGUCGGCAGACUGUGGCAUACAUGUUGAUGAUAAUUAUGUACAACCUUUGUAUAAGCAAGUCAUUAAUAUCCAGUAUCCCACAAUGUCGUUCAUUGGCAUCCCCUAUUAUGUUUGUGCAGCUCAAAUGAUGGAUUUGCAAUCGAGAUUUACUUUGGAAUAUUGGAAGGGCAACAAAGAGUUCCCCAGUAAAGAGGAAAUGCUGCAGAAUACACGCCGAUUAAUGGAUCAACGUUUUGCGAGAGGAUUUAGGAAACGUCAAGCUCACAUGAUGGGCGAGGAUCAGCUCGACUACUAUAAUGAUCUGGCGGAGACGGCAGCUAUAGAAAAUAUAAAACCUGUUAUGACCUACUUGCACAACGAAAGUAGCCGCAGAUUUUUGGAUGAUUUAUUACAUUUUCGUGAAGAUGUAUUUCGCAUAGUCGAUAAUGAGAGCUUUGUAAAGAUAAAUUAACAGCCGAGACGUCGGCAGCACUACCUACCAGCAACGACGGCAAUGCCAUGACAUUUAUUUUUACGAAUUGUCGUACUCUGCUUAAUUUUGUUUAUUGCAUUUGUGUGUUUUUUGAUUAUUGUUGUUGUUGUGUUUUAUUUCGGUGCAAAAUAAGGUGGAAGAAUGUGUUCAAUUGCUUUUGCGCCCAGCCGCCUGGUUUAUUUGUAAGUUUUUUUAAGCAGGAAAAAAGCUCUAUGAUCACAAAAUAAGGAAAAAAGUCUUUGCUUACUGAAAUUCAACAAAAGAGUAAAACACAAAAUUCAACUCUCAGUGCCUUUUGUUCGUGUGCUCCAUAAAUUUUGUAAUGUUGUGUGGACUGUUUUGUCUGAAAUAAAGCUUAAAAUAGGGUU